CUUUACGCCUGUCCAACAGAACUGAUUAAUUUUUGUUGAUUGUUAGCGGCGGUGGGACGUAUUUUUUUUAAUUCAGACCAAGUUGCACGUGUACAAUAAACGUGGUUGGGUUGGCCUAACUCUGGGAUAAAAUAUAUAUAAAAAGAUAUCCGUAAUUAUAAAAUGGUGACAAAGAGUGAAGAUCAGAUGAAAGCGCUAGCGCUUAAAUUAUUUGAAAUUAAUGCAUUUAAAUUUGGGGAUUUCAAAAUGAAGGUCGGCGUCAAUUCUCCCGUUUAUUUCGAUUUGCGCGUUAUAGUGAGCUAUCCAGAUGUGAUGCAAACCGUUUCCGAUCUGCUGGUGGCGCAGAUUAAAGAGUUGAAGUUGAGCUCUAAGCACGUUUGCGGUGUGCCCUACACCGCUCUGCCGCUGGCCACCAUUGUCUCGCUGCAACAGCAAACGCCCAUGCUGGUGCGUCGCAAAGAGGCCAAAGCCUACGGCACCAAGAAGCUCAUUGAGGGCAUUUUCCAGGCUGGCGACACUUGUCUCAUUGUCGAGGAUGUGGUAACAUCGGGCUCCAGUAUUUUGGAAACUGUGCGUGAUCUGCAGAGCGAGGGCAUUGUGGUCACCGAUGCCGUGGUUGUGGUCGAUCGGGAACAGGGCGGCGCUGCAAAUGUAGCCAAGCAUGGCGUGCGCAUGCACUCCCUCUUCACGCUCUCCUAUUUGCUCAACACGCUGCACGAGGAGGGACGCAUUGAACGGUCCACGGUGGAUGCGGUAGCCAAGUAUAUUGCGGCAACGCAGAUAAACACCGAUGGUUCGUUUAUUGGCGGCGAUAAGGCCUCAAUUCCCAAUGACUUUUCGCGCACUAAACUGACCUACGAGAUUCGCGCCAACUUAGCCAAGAGUCCUCUGACCAAGCGUUUGUUUACUCUAAUGGCCACAAAGAAGACGAAUCUGUGCUUGGCCGCCGAUCUGAGCAAGGCCGAUGAUGUUCUGGAUUUGGCCAACAAGUGUGGACCGUACAUUUGUAUGCUGAAAACCCAUGUGGACAUUAUCGAAGACUUCAGUGAAGCUUUCAUUACCAAUCUUAAGACGGUGGCCAAGAAACACAAUUUUUUGAUUUUGGAGGACCGUAAAUUUGCGGACAUUGGCAACACGGUCUCUCAGCAGUACGGCAAGGGCAUGUAUAAGAUAGCCAGUUGGGCGAAUUUGGUGACAGCGCACACGCUGCCCGGACGCAGCAUUGUGCAAGGCCUAAAGGCGGGGCUUAGCAAUGACAAUGCGAGAAAGGAGCGCGGCGUGUUCCUCUUGGCCGAAAUGUCAGCCAAGGGAAAUCUGAUUGAUGAGAAGUACAAGGAGAGCAGCAACAAAAUUGCCACAGAGGGCGGAGAUGCUGACUUUGUAUCUGGCGUUGUCUGCCAAUCGUCCACCUGCUUUGGUUUUCCUGGUCUUAUACAGCUGACGCCGGGCGUGAAGAUCGACGAGGGCGUUGAUAAUCUGGGCCAACAGUAUCAAACACCCGAACAUGUGGUGAAGGAGCGCGGUGCUGACAUUGGCAUCGUGGGUCGUGGCAUACUACAAGCUGCGAAUGUAGAGAAGGCGGCGGCUACCUAUCGCGAUCGUCUUUGGGCAGCCUACCUGGAGCGUGUGAGCAAAUAGAAGAAUGGCUUCAUCAAAAACUUAUAUUUCUAACUUACCUCCAUUCGACGUAUUUGAAAAGUUUUCCAUAUUUUUAUACCGCUAGUCGGUUAUAUUUUAAGCGAAGUCAAAACACAAAAGAAUUUUAAGCAUUUAAAAGGAAUAUAGUUUAGAGUUUGCACAACAAUCCUUUAAUAUUAAGUUAAAUGUUUGCUAAAAAACGAAAAAUGUAACAAAUGAUGAAAAAUAUUAAUUGAUGUACUAUGUUUAGUAUGAAGCCAAACACUGCAGCACGUAGCUGUAAUCGCCGGAUAUAUCAUCCUGUAAAUGAAACGGAAAAAAUUUGAUUCUGAUUUAAAAAUUCGAGAAUUCCAAAUGUCAUACUUUGGCUCUUUUUUUAUUUUUUGUUAAUAGCACAAGCACAAAAUACUUUUAUGUACAAAUAAAAUGUAUACAAAAUAUAUUAAAAUGGAUAAAUAAAAAAUUUAUAAUUUUUUGUUCGCAAUUAGAAAAGAAAUUUAAACGUUAGACGUUAUUACAGAGGCUGUCUUUAAGAAAUAUUAAUACAAAAUAGAAAUCAUAUUUCAAUGAGAAUUAUACAUGGACAUUUCACAACACUAA